CCUUAAGCAUUAUGUGCAAUGCAAGACUCCUAACAAGACAAACGCACAGAGCACAGCCCUCUGUCUUCUCUUGCCGUUUCUGCAGUUCGGGAGCACAGUCCGGAAGUCUGACUCAUGUCGACCGGACCGGCAGAGCGAAAAUGGUCGACGUGGGUUCGAAGGCAGUGACAGAACGGACUGCUACAGCACAAGCAAAGGUUUUUGUGGGACCUGAACUGAUGAAACUCGUACGAGAAAAUGGCCUGAAGAAAGGUGACGUACUUAGCGUUGCUCGCCUGGCAGGAAUUGUAGGGGCCAAGCAGACGUCCAGCCUUAUCCCUCUGUGUCAUAACAUAUCUUUAUCCUCUGUGGCUGUAGACAUUGAACUAGACUCCGCUCUCAACUGUGUGAUUAUAACUGGCACGGCAAAGUGUAGAGGGCAGACGGGCGUGGAGAUGGAAGCUCUCACUGCUGUAUCGGUGUCUGCCUUAACAGUGUACGAUAUGUGCAAAGCUGUGAGUCAUGACAUAGUGAUAUCUGAAAUAAUGCUUCUGGCCAAAAGUGGGGGAACUAGAGGAGACUUCCACCGGACAUGA